GCCGCGGAUUGUAACAGGUGGUUGUGAGCGGUAACGAGGUUUUAAAACUUGACAGUUUCUGAAAUCCAUUGUUUUGAAGCCAACAGGCGACCGACGCCAUGGCAACCAAAAUGGAGGGCGACACCCAAGUCUAUCGAUCUCGAUUUCUGAUGCUCUUCCUGUUUGUGAUGUAUUCGAUGUCAAAUGCCUUCCAAUGGAUUGAAUACUCAAUCAUCAACAACAUCGUGAGCAAGUUUUACAAUGUACAAGAUUUUGCCAUCAACUGGACAUCAAUGAUUUACAUGGCAUCUUACAUCCCUCUCAUCUUCCCCGCCAACUGGAUCUUGGAGAAGAAAGGCUUGCGCUUCGCUGUGCUCCUCGGAUCCUUUGGCACGUGUUUGGGUUCUUGGGUGAAAUGUGCAAGUUUAGUUCCAGGUCGGUUUCCUAUAACCAUGUUUGGCCAGACAAUUGUGGCCGCAUCUCAAGUCUUCAUUUUGGGUAUUCCGUCUCAGCUGGCUGGAGUUUGGUUUAGCGCUGAAGAAGUUUCAAGGGCUUGUGCUGUCGGAGUGUUUGGGAAUCAAUUAGGAAUUGCCUUGGGAUUUGUUCUGCCUCCACUAAUUGUUCCUAACUCUCCGAACCAAGACGAUAUAGCAAGAGGCCUCAGCGUGCUUUUUUACAGCAUUUCUGUGAUUACAACCGUCCUUUUCAUUGCAAUUAUAUUCCUAUUUAAAGAAAAACCAGAACUGCCGCCAAGCCGCGCCCAGGCUGCAGUUUUAAAUUGCGAUUCACGAGUGGGAUAUUGGUCGUCAAUUUUAAACCUCAUUAGAAAUUUACACUACAUGCUGUUGCUCAUAACAUAUGGUAUUAAUGUCGGUGUUUUUUACGCAAUCUCUACGCUUCUAAAUCAAAUGGUUCUUCAUUACUACCCGGGUGCAGAAGAGAGUGCUGGGUGGAUGGGUCUGACAAUCGUCAUUUCAGGAAUGGCUGGCUCGGUUGUUUGUGGCAUACUUCUCGAUAAAACUCAUCGAUUCAAAGAGACAACGCUGGGUGUUUACAUUCUGUCUUUGGGAGGAAUGAUUGCUUACACUUUAGUACUCCGAUAUGGUAAUUUAUGGGCAUUGUUCCUCAUGGCUGGAUUUCUAGGGUUUUUCAUGACUGGCUAUUUACCUUUGGGCUUCGAAUUUGCUGCUGAAAUAACGUAUCCAGAAGCUGAAUCGAUUUCCUCUGGCCUACUAAACGCAUCAGCUCAGGUGUUUGGCUUAGUGUUCACUUCUGUUGCUGGAAUUCUUUUGUCAAAUUAUGGUGAUUGGGUUGCUAAUGUAAGUCUCUCAGGAACCUUAUUGAUUGGUAGUAUAAUAACAGGUUUCAUCAAGUCUGAUCUCCGACGUCUCAGAGCAUCUCAGUUACCUGAAUCGGAAAGCCAAUGUGAAAAACGAAAUUUCUGUUAAAGAAGAAGCUUUGCAAUUAUGUCUUCCAUUGGGCCAAGGCAUCAUUCAAGACUUAGAUGUCUGUUUUUUGUCCUUUGUGGUCUAUGCAUUUUAAAUGUUCAAUGAAUAUUGAAAUUCUAGGAGUUUGUGUUAAGUGCCUUUAAGUUUCAA